GCAGCGCCGCGCCGCGCAGGCGCAAGCCGCCGCCGAGUCCUGGUGCGCAGGCGCGGGCCGCCGCUGCCCGGCUCUCUUGCGCAAGCGCGCUGUCCGCUUCUUCUGGGCGGACGCUCUGGAGGCAAAACAUUUCCCUGCUGGGGGCGGCGACCACCGUGAGCGUCCCGGAAGGGGCGGCAAAGACGCCUCCGUCGCCCACGAGGUGGUCUCGUUGGCUUUACCUUGGUUCGCGGUCGUCCUUGGUUAUCGUGAGCGUCCGCGGGGCUCUGGGAGGCCAAGACUAGGGGCGCCACAGCGCCUGCGCGCGUACGGCGGCCGGAAGGGGCUAGAGGCGGCUCCCUGGGUGACAACCGCGCGCCCCACCUUUCCCCACGUGGCCGCGAAGACCGGCACCUGUGCACUGAGUGCCUGCUGCGUGUCGGGCCCCGUCCUAGGCAGUGGGGACAAGGAGGCUACAGGGUACAAAUAAAUGAGUGAACGAUGUCGCUCUAGAUACAGCUCAGGAGCAUCUAUCGGCUGCACGCCAACAUCAACACAGGCGAAGAUGGUCUCCAAGCGCAUUGCCCAGGAGACCUUUGAUGCAGCUGUGCGCGAGAACAUCGAGGAGUUUGCGAUGGGGCCAGAGGAGGCAGUGAAAGAGGCCGUGGAGCAGUUUGAAUCGCAAGGGGUUGAUCUGAGCAACAUUGUAAAGACGGCGCCUAAAGUCUCUGCAGACGGAUCCCAGGAGCCCACACAUGACAUCCUGCAGACGCUCAGUAACCUCCAGGAGUCUGUGGCCAGCUCUUGCCCCCAGGAGGUGUCAGCAUACCUCACCCGCUUCUGCGACCAGUGCAAACAGGACAAGGCCUGCCGCUUCCUCGCGGCCCAGAAGGGGGCCUACCCCAUCAUCUUCACUGCCUGGAAGCUGGCCACUGCAGGUGACCAGGGCCUUCUGCUCCAGUCCCUCAAUGCCCUGUCGGUGCUGACUGAUGGCCAGCCAGACCUCCUGGACACCCAGGGCCUGCAGCUUCUCGUGGCCACGCUGACCCAGAAUGCUGAUGAGGCUGACCUGACCUGCUCUGGGAUCCGCUGUGUGCGUCACGCUUGCCUGAAACAUGAACAGAAUCGGCAAGACCUGGUGAAAGCUGGCGUGCUGCCUCUGCUGACUGGUGCCAUCACCCAUCAUGGCCACCACACUGACGUGGUCAGGGAAGCCUGCUGGGCCCUGCGUGUCAUGACCUUCGAUGACGACAUCCGUGUGCCCUUUGGCCACGCCCACAACCAUGCCAAGAUGAUUGUGCAGGAGAACAAAGGCUUGAAGGUGCUCAUCGAAGCCACCAAAGCGUUCCUGGAUAACCCUGGCAUCCUGAGCGAGCUCUGUGGAACCCUGUCCCGCCUGGCCAUCCGCAACGAGUUCUGCCAGGAGGUCGUCGACCUCGGGGGCCUGAGCAUUCUGGUGUCCCUGCUAGCCGACUGCAAUGACCACCAGAUGAGGGACCAGAGCGGCGUUCAGGAGCUCGUGAAGCAAGUGCUGAGCACCCUGCGAGCCAUUGCAGGCAACGACGACGUGAAAGAUGCUAUUGUCCGUGCUGGCGGGACGGAGUCCAUCGUGGCUGCUAUGACCCAGCAUCUGACCAGCCCCCAGGUGUGUGAGCAGAGCUGCGCGGCCCUGUGCUUCCUGGCCCUGCGUAAGCCCGACAACAGCCGCAUCAUCGUGGAGGGUGGUGGGGCUGUGGCAGCACUGCAGGCCAUGAAGGCACACCCGCAGAAGGCCGGCGUCCAGAAACAGGCUUGCAUGCUGAUCCGAAACCUGGUGGCCCACGGCCAGGCCUUCUCGAAGCCCAUCCUGGACCUGGGGGCUGAGGCACUCAUCAUGCAGGCCCGAUCUGCCCACCGUGACUGUGAGGAUGUGGCCAAGGCCGCCCUGCGGGACCUGGGUUGUCAUGUCGAGCUCCGAGAGCUGUGGACAGGCCAGAGGGGCAACCUGGCGCCAUGACCCCAGGCCCAGUCUGGGCCGUGACUCUGGCAGGCCCCCAGCUUCCGUGGAAUCCAGCCGAUGCAAACAGCUGAGGAGCGUCACCCUGGCUGCACCUCUCCGUGGUGUCCCCGUCUCCCCUGCCCCCAGCAGGAAAGGGUGCUCUCAGCUCAGCAGGGCUGGCCCAAACCUCUGACCCAGUCACCCCGCCCUAUCCCUCCUCCCUGGAGACUCCCAGGAUGUGGGAGAAAGAUCUCGAAUCUGCCCCAGACUGCCCUGACUUAACUUCUGGGCCAGUGUGACCUUGGGCAGUUCUCAAGCAUUUCUUCAUCUGUCAUGUGGCAGGGUAGGUGCUCCUGAGCUAUUUCGAGGACGGCCUGCAGUGCUGGCCCUGUCAUUCCUGCUCCAGCCUUGCUCUCAGUCUGCCCAUGGCUCCCCUUUGCCUUCUACAUAAAACCAAACCUGUCUGUGGUCCCAGCAACUUGGGCUAAGGCGGGAAGAUCACUUGAGCCCAGGAGUCAAGGCUGCAGUGAGUUAGGAUGGCACCACUGCACUCCAGCCUGGGUGACGGAUCAAGAGCUUGUCUCAAAAACAAACAAACAAACAAAAAAAUGCACUUCAUGCCCUGCAGACCCAGUGUGGCCCAGGCCUUGCCCAUUUCCCAGUCUUUCCACUGCACUCACUCCCUAUUCCCCCACCCCAGGGCCUUUGCACAAGCCCCCAUGUGACAAGCCAUGCCCUCUGCCUAGAAGUGCCCUUCCCUUGGCCUUCCCCGUGGCCGGCUCCUCCUAGCACAUGAGGUUUCAGCUCACGUUGCCUUCUCCAGGAGAGACCCCCAUCUUAUCACCUCAUGUGCUCUGGCUCUGACACUGGGCCCCAUCUGAGGUCACCUCAUUUGUGAACUCUCCUGUUUGUCUUGCCCCCACCAUCGGCUGGCUCCCUGCAGGGAGGCCCCUGUCCCCACUUGCUGUGCCUUCAGCUUCCCGUCAGUGUUCUUGAAUGUUCACCUGAAUAAACUGACAAGCACUCGA